AUGUCAGCGGACGGAUUGGAAAAUGGUUCGUCAAAUGUUGAUUUGCAUGUUUUGGAUGCAAAGCGAUCGAGACACGACUCGCUUGAUGUGAUCAGUUGUGAGGAGAAUAACACAAAUAAGGAUUCUGUUAGUGCCGUACUGUACCGAUGUAUGCUUAUAAAAAUUCUUUAUGAAUCGAACAGUCUUCUGGAAUACGUCACUCUCCAAAGUGCAGUUCUAUCAAUUGAUUCGAAGGCAUCUGCAAAGUCGAUAAAAUAUAUGACCGUGUAUUGCAGCUUGGUUAAGGCGUGUCCUGCUGUGUCUGCCGUUGAUUAUAUCUAUAAAUCACUUCGCUAUCGAGAAUUAAUUAAACGGAUUUUUGGAAAUGAUCAAAUGCUUUUGUUUGAAGGAUUACUAGAAUCAGCAGCUUUGGAUAUUUUUGAAGAGACAAAUGAUAACACAGAAUUAUUUUGGAGCCUAAAAACAGGUGAAAGUCUCCUACUGUAUUUUAUCAAGUUGGUUUCAAGGAUAUGGAAAGAAAAUGAUAAUCAGUUUUUGCUCGAUUAUGAACGUACUUCUCUACCGAUCAUCAAAACUUGUGUAUUAACUCAAUUUACCUUAGUUUUACGCGGCAUAUACGAGAGGUUACCAGCUAAUGAAAUUGGUCUUGUUUUCUUACGCUUGAUAGGUACUUUUUCAGUCUCAGAUACAUUUUUAACCGAGUUCUUGGAGCAUAUUUCGGAUUCAAAUGAAAUAAUAGCUGAAAUUUUUAAAAAAGCGCUGCAAAAUACGAGGUCAUUGAUGUUAACACAGAAAUUUUGGAAAUGUCACUCUGCUAAUGAAAUUCCUGUUUCUUAUUAUAUUUUGAAAAGGCUUUUAUCUAUAAAAUUGUCUUCUGGUAAGCGACCGAUUGCUGAUUUGUUGGUCACAACUAUGAUCGAUGAAUUUUUGCCAUCCUGUCGAACCACAUUUUGUGGCCGUGAAUUCUCGAGACUUUCUUAUCUUGGGCCAUUUUUCGAAUACAACACUGCCCCUUGUUCUCCGUGUCGAAUAGAUCAUUUCGAUAUAUUUAUUCCAUAUUUUUCUUGUGAUACUUUGCCAUCUCGUAGGGAAAGGGAGCUGCUAUAUCUGCCAUAUCGUGAAAAAUUAAUUAUAGUUGGAAAAGAAUUGCAACAGAUAAUGCAUGUUUUACUGGUCAAUGCUGCGAGUCGCACCAAAACCGUUGAUUUCAUCGCUCGAAUAUUGAAGGAAAACAGUAACAGACGACAGAUGCAUCGCGAGGCGCAAAAAUCCGCUUCUGAUGGCUUUAUGCUAAAUUUUCUUAAUGUAAUGUAUGGAUUAUCAGAAAAAAUAACACUGGAUAAAGUUAAUCCGCUUUAUAUUUUUCAUCCAAAUUGCAAGGUUGAUUUGCGCAAUGAAACUCGAAUGCAGUUCAGUGAAGAAGAAUUGAAUCAGUUUGCAUCUUCCUUAGGCAAGUUGCUUUCUUUUCCGUUUUUCUUUUUUUUAUAA